CUCUCUGUCUCCCCCUGCAGGUGCAGCACAGGAUGACAGGCCAGGUGAUGGCCCUAAAGAUGAACACUCUGGCCAGCAACAAGGCCAACAUGCUCAGGGAGGUCCAGCUCAUGAACCGGCUCUGCCACCCCAAUAUACUCGGGUUCCUGGGAGUGUGUGUACACGAGGGCCAACUCCAUGCUCUAACUGAGUACAUCAACGGGGGUAACCUGGAGCAGCUGCUGGACAGUGACAGGUAUCUGUCGUGGUCGGUGAGGAUGGGUCUGUCUCAGGACAUCUCCUGCGGCCUGCAGUACCUCCACAGCAAGGGCAUCUUCCACAGAGACCUCACCUCCAAGAACUGUCUGGUGCGCUGUGAGAAUGGUGUGUUCACUGCAGUAGUGGGAGACUUUGGUCUGGCAGAGAAGAUUCCAGACUACAGUGACGGGGCUGAUAAGCAGCCUCUGGCUGUGGUGGGCUCCCCCUACUGGAUGGCCCCGGAGGUGCUGAGAGGAGAGCUCUAUGAUGAAAAGGUGGAUGUGUUUGCUUAUGGAAUCAUCCUGUGUGAGAUCAUCGCCCGGAUAGAGGCUGAUCCAGACUUCCUACCUCGCACUGAGGACUUUGGCCUCGAUGUAGAUGCCUUUGAGAACCUGAUUGGUGACUGUCCAACACCAUUCCUCAACCUUGCAGUCCUCUGCUGCAAUAUGAAUGCAAAGAUACGUCCCUCAUUCUCUGAGAUAGUGGUCUUGCUGGAGGGGAUGGAGAGAGGAGAGGAGGAGAGGAAGACGGCCAUCCCUCUGGGCGAUUGUCUCUCCUCAAAACCCGCCACCGUCCACAUCAGCCCCUACCGACGACGGAGUUCCCUUUGUCGCCCCGGCGACCAGCAGUUGUCACGGAGCCAGUCUGAAAUGCUUCCCCAAACGACGCCCCCACUCGGCACCCCGGCCCGGGUCAACCCCUUCUCCCUGCGGCAGGACCUGAACGGGGGCCGCAUCAAGCUCUACGACACCCCCAGCAAGUCUGUCAUCUCCCUGACCUUCACCCUUCCCCAGCAGCCUGAAGCCUGCGCCUCUCCCCCCCUCAGGGGAAACCUCUUACUCCGCGGGCCCCCCCGACGCUGCCAGUCCCUUCCCUGCACCCCCGAGCCGGGGCGAACCCUCCCCCUCCGGGACCCCGACCUGCAGCGCUUGGGGAAAGAGGAAGAAGAGGAGGGGGUAGAGGAGGUGGAGGAUAAAAGGAGGAAGGAGAAGGGUGGGAUGGUGGAGGAUGAAAGGAGGAAGGAGAAGGGAGGGAUGGUGGAGGAUGAAAAGAGGAUGGUGGAGGACGUGUCAGAUGAUUCAGGGCUGCCUCUGGACAUGGUGUCUCUGGGUCCUCUAGAAGAGGAAGAGGAGGAAGGUUUUUCUCUGGCGGAGGCUAUGGACUGCAGCAGGUCUCCUGACACACUAGAGGGCGCUGUUCCUACACCAGGGAGACUACACCCAGCCUCGUCCUCUUCCUCCCUGUUUCUGCAGCCUAACGGCUGGUGCCACCCAGUCUCCAAUGCCCCUUCCUCCCUCCCUCCUCUCCCUCAUCUGGACAACAACAACAUCUCGGCGAUGGUGGUCGUUGGCCAUCCGAUUGGCUGGAGGGCUAGUGGCUACCGCGCCGCAAUCCCGGGCCCCCCUGCUGGCCCCACCCCUGAACAAGAUGAGGUAAUUUCCUGUCCGGGAUGCUGUCUGAUUGGUCUGAGCUUUCCAUCCGUGUGCCUGAAGGGGGUGCCGACCCCUCGCCGCGUUCCGCCCCGACGACCCUACCGGAACCUCAACGGGGGGGACAUCAGUGACCCUUCAGCUGCCACAGCAACCAAGGGACUGCUUUGUUGCGGGGUGAACGGUAUCGCUCCUCCGAGCGCACCUUGCGUUCCUGGUCUGCCCCUACCUGAGGCACAGACUUAGGAAGGGCUCCCCCUAGUGGGCUGACUGACCAACAACAACAUCAACACCAGUGACAUUACUGAGACUUUGACUGGUACUGUUCAGUGAUGCUUUUACUAUUUAUUAUUACUAUUAGGAACUGAUGAUGUUGAUGAUUACUACUACUACCUGAAGUGUGUGUGUGUGUGUGUGUGUGUGUGUGUGUGUGUGUGUGUGUGAUUGAGUAGGUGGUGGGGACACUGGUGGUUGUAUUGGGAGUAAUAAGGGAGAAGCAGAAUAGGAAACCAGAAGUGGGUUAUUGAUGUGAGAUCUUUAUAUUGGUUGUUGACCUGGAGUCAUUUGAUAACUGCAGUGUGUCACUGGUUUGUUCACUCACUUUCUACACUCUGAAUCUUUCUAUUUGAUUCCUACUAAUGAUUCUUCACUGGUCUGGGUGGUGCUGGAGAUUUUGUAUUGAAUUCAAACAGGUGCUUCUUCUUCCCUCAAACCUCAGUGUUCUUCCCAUAACCCACUAUGAUCCAGGUAUCCUCUCAGUGUGUGUAUGUGUGUUAACAGCUUGUGUAACGUUGAAACAGCAUGAAAAGCAAUUCUCCUUAUUUACGUAUUGUACUGAUUAUUUCACUCUAAGUUCUGUGUAUGUGUGUCAGAGGGAGAGAAAGCGCGUGUGUGUGACUGAAUGACUAAGGUUUGUCCCCUGAUGUCUGUUUUGAAAUGUUAGUGGUUUGUGUAAUAAUUUAAUAUAAAGUUAGUGAGGUGUACAUAAACUUUACUAUAAUGUUUUUUGACACUAUUGAUGAGAAUCACUCCACUCUUGAUUUCAUAGGGCUGCUUGUUCCGUACCUGUUGAGGUUGACUGACUGUAUUUGAAAUGGCACCCUAUUCCCUAUAUAGUGCACUACUUUUGACCAGGGCCCAUGGUCAUGUCUCCCUCUGCUGGCCUGGAGGACCCAGGCACACCAGGCCAUUGUGGCUCAGGCUGUGUCUCUUCCUUUCCUCAUAACUCUUUCCUUCUAGGAGAAGCCAUACAUGACCAGACCAGGGAAAAAUCCAGGCUUUAGUCAUAGACCUGGAGAUUUUUCCUAGUCGGGUCACUUAGUCAGUAAAAAGUCUAAGCCAUAUUCAUAUCAUAUCAACUGAUAUGAGGGACUUUAAAAGGUUUAUGACUAUAUGGCUAUAGCUAUUAACAUUCAUAACCAGUUUUAACCAGUUAAUCCAGCUAGUGAU